GACAUUUGUGUUUUGAACGUAACGCGGUUGAUUCUGAUCGACGCUGAUCGACUCUAAAUGUUUAUUUACCAUAUUCUCGUAGUUUUUGCAACGUUUUGUUGGUGAAAGGUGAAAGUUGUAAAUAAGUCUUCCGGUGCAAUGUCAUCCAGGCAGAGUUCCAGUGGGGAAGGCUUGUCUCUGAGAGGUGGAGAGCGUAUCCCUCUGAGAAGUCUGCAGAAUGAAAUAUUGCAUCUGUCAUCUCCAUCGUCCAGACUCAAAUCAAAACCACUGUUCAAAGCUGAUGUUUUGAAACUGACAAAGGAGGAUGUUCCUCUCUGUGACCCAGAGCCCCACUUGCAAGCUUCUCCAUCCACAAAAGGAAUUCACAUCAAUGCUUCCACUACUGACAUAACAAUUACUGAGAAAGUUUGUGGACUUGGAGAUGUAACAUUUAAAUCUUUCAUCUGUCCUGGUGGUGAGGUUGAGUUCGCAAGCUCCUUUGUGUGUGCAGAAGAGAGUAUUCUUUUGCCCAAGGAUCAGGCUAUGACAAACAUUCAUGAAACAGAAGAUACCAUCCUCUCUGACAGUAUAGCAGUUCAGUCAUGCAGUGACCACAUCGAUCACGCCUAUUACAAUCCUGAGGUAACAGAUGCUUCCUUGGUUGAUAAUGAAGCAUCAUGUCCCUGUGAAAUUUCCAAUGCUAAUCUAACCUCUGGAGACUUGGAUGAUGGAUGCGCUUCACAAGAUGUCAGAGCUGUUCAGGAUGACUGCUGUGAAAAGAAUGAUGUCACUUGGAAAUCCUUUGUCUGUGAUGGUGGUGAGGUGGAAGUUGCUGAUCUCACCAGACUACAAGAUGAGACCAUUUCUGCAGAGAGCCCUACACCUGUGGGAGAGGAUGUGGAACACAUCUCUCAUGUGCACAUCAGCAGUAAACUCAAUAAAUCCAGUGAAGCAAAAGACAGUGUUCUCGGUUCAUCUGGAAAUGAACCAGAAAAAUCUCAGCCAAAAAACAUACCUGACAUUUUCAGAGUGCAGUCAGAGUGUGGCUCAGGAACAUUGCCUUUUCAGUUUGGGAUGCUCAGUCCUGUUGUUAGGAGAGCUUCUCUCGCUGUUUUCAAGGCCUUUAAGGUUCCCUAUGUAGACCAAUUGUUGACUGAGGAUCCAGCUCUUGAGGGAGAAAAGAGCUUGGUUUCUCCAUUUAACGUCAACCCCGCUGGGUUUUGGACAGAGCCCAUGGAGAGCCCCAUGCCGUGUCCUCUGUUUAACUCUACAGUGCUUGGUUGCAAGCCCCAGUCAGAACCAGACACUGAGCCAGUUAAGGGAAUUGAUGCAAAGCCUUCUGCUGUGCCUCAGUCUGAAGUAGAGAAGCCAGCUGUGGAAAUCCCUCUGAUUCCAGAUGGUCCCCUACAGCAGCAGCUUCUGCAGAUGGCGGAGUUCCUUUUCUUAGCAUCCGGGAAGAUGGUUCCUGCUGCCUUCUCUGCUCUCACUGACCCUCCUGACGCUGUCACAGUCCCAUCGGCAAAAGCUACUCCUGCAGAUUCACACAGUGUCGGUGUGGGCACAACCUGUUAAAUGGUUAGACCACAGCGUCAAUACAUCUGGCCAGUUUGAGAGGAAAAGGAUCUUCACUGUGGCUGAUUCCUGCACUCUGACCGACCCUCUCCUGUGGAACCUCCCCCCAGGCACCCUUGAGGGUCUCACACGACAAGAGCUGGAGCAGAGGUUAAGGUCAAGCAUGAUCAUGGUGGAGGCUCUUGUGCAGCAGCUGGAUGCAGCCAGAUCAAAUGGAUGUGCUUUUGCAGGCCCAGCACCUUCAGACCUCAGGGAGAAACAAGUGCAGACGGACCACACUGAACUGAGUCAGACCACAAUGUACAGAGACCUAUAUUUGGAGGCUCUGAACAGGAUUGGUGAGUUGCAGUUGGAGUUGGACGGGAGUUCUCUACCGGACCUCACCCAGUGUAUGCAGGACAUGCGGGUCACCAUGGCUUCUUUGAGUGGUGACACGGAUGCUGCACUCUCUAACAUGAAGCAAAUUGGAGAUUUUGUCAGAGAGGACCAUCAGAGCCUCGUUUCACAUUACGGUCAGAUGAAGUCUCUACUUGAGAAAACAAAGAUGACGCAGACAAAAAUGAUGCAGAAGGUCAAAGAUGCUCUUCACCAAAGAGAGGACAUGAGGGCACAGAUGGAGGAGGCCUUCACAGCCAAGGAGGCGGCCUUCAGUGCGAUGGAGCAGCUGAGGACUCACUGUGCCUCAGAAAUAUCCGAGCUGGAGAGGAUGGUGGGGUCUCAGCAAGAACUGUUAGCUGCCCUGAACCAGACUUAUCCAGAACAGGUUGCAUUAAACAAGGCCUACACUGAAUUGCUCGAUUCUGCAUCUGAUGUUUUGUUCACAACCAUGGAGGAGCAUUCGAGUUUGAUGAAAGAACUCUCUACAGUCAGAGGCCUUCUGCAGAAAUCAGCUCCGAUCCUUCUGAUGCUGAAUGAGAAGGCAGGUUCUGCUUUGAGAGAGCGGGACGAGCAUCUCUCUGCCAGAGACCAAGCUGUUGAAGAGCGAGAGCAGAUUGAAGAUAAAUUAAACCAAGCAAACAUGAAUCUCCAAACUGCCGGAGAACAGAUUGGUGAUUUAAAUCUCCAGGUGACGAUUCUGACCUCAGAAAUGGGGGUGCUGCGUCAGAAGCUAACAGCAAGAGAGGAUGAGAGUGGUCUCCUGGAGAGGCAGGUGACGGAGCUGUCUGCCACAAUUUCCUCCACUUUGGCCUCCUACACCUUCCUGGAGCAGGCUCUUGCUGCAGAGAGUACAAAGUUGCAGGAGUCGUGGAAAGACAUCCAGCAAGCCGAAGACAGAGCAAACCAGUUGGAGAUGUCACUGGGUCAGUCAGAGCAGCGAGUGUUUGAGUUAUCCCAGGCUCUGGCUCAGAGUGAGGAGCAGCUCGGUCAGCUGCAGGUCCUCUCACAGUCUCAGAGAGUGCAGAUCCAGCAGCUCCAGGAAGUUUGCACACAGCUCAGUGGGGUGCGGGAGAUGAACGAGUUCUUACAGAUGGAGAAUGAGUUUGCGAGGGAGCAGAUGGCUGAGAGUGAACGGACUCUGAGUACCAACCUGCAGGCUCUCCGGCAGAGGAACAUCCAGUGUGAAGACAUGAAAGAAGAAAUUAGUCAACUUCAGUCUGAGAAGAGGAGCUUGCAUGAGGAGCUGGAAACUACAAAGUCCAGAGCCGGUGCCACUCAGCUGGAGCUCGGACAGAAACUGGCCCACGCAGUCACAGAAAUCACUUUGCUGCAUCACACACUGAGGGGACUGACCAAUGAACUACAUACUGCUCUCAAUGACCAGGAACCACAGAAGGAUGAAGUGUCUCAACAAGUCGACAGAGUGGAGCGUCGUCACCCCUCCUGCUCGUUUGUCGACAGCAUCAUGGUUGCACUAGCUGCUGAGAAGGAGGAAGACGGCACAACAGAGGCACCUCCUGGAUCGGACACGGCCGACCCUGCGUGGGAAGCUUUGUUCAGUGAGACGAGUGCCUUCACCCGCAUUGAUGCCGUCACCCCUAAAAAGCAAAGUAACGCAGCAGAGUUUGACCCCGAGGAGGAUCAGAGCAACGCAGCGGAGCUGCUGGCUGACCUGGGCAGCACCGUCACAGAGCUGAUCAGCAACGUGAAGCUGCUGCAACAGCGCAAAGACGCUCAGCUGGAGGAGCUGCACAGCACCAUCUCUGGCCUGCAGGUGGAGCAGCAGUCUGCAAACAACAGACAUGAGGCUGAGGCAUCUGCACUGAAGCUUAAGCUCAGCCAUCUGAACAGCCUGUGUGAGAAAGGAAAUCAGGCGCUGCAGCAGAAAGCUCAGGAUGAGAAGACUAUGAAAAUGUUGAUGUCAGAAGUUCUAGAGACCCAGGAAAUUCUCAAUAAACACAAGAUUGAGAGCAAUGAACUUCGGAAGCAGGUGGUCGAGCUUCGUUGCUCUCUCCAGGAGUCACAGGUGGAGUCUCAAUACUUGCGGGUAGAGUUGGGAAAAGCUGGUAGCCAAUCAGCCAACCCGGCACAACUAAUGGAAGAAAAAAUCCAAUUGUUGAGAGAGGUGGAGAGACUGAAGUUGAGUCUUCAGGAAAUGGAGAAGAGCAGAGUUCAACUCUGCGAUAGAGCAAAAAGACAUGAAUUCAUCCAUCAGACCAACCAGCAGAAAAUUGAAAAGGAGCUGCAGAUGUUGAACAAAAUGAUCACUAAAGUCAGAGAGACUUUGAAGUCUUUGCCGGUGUUCGUGAAGAAUUGUGAACAACUCCAAAAGCUCAUUGACUAUAUCGGCUGACAUGUUUGUUAUUGUAACCCUUGUUCAUUGUAUUUAUAUACAUGUUGUUUCAGCUUCUCCUGGCUGUAUUUGUUCAGACUUUUAGUGUGAUAAAUGACAUAAAAUAAAGGUGUUAAAUCUGA